AUGUGGACCGUCAUCGAGUCUAAUCUGGGCGUCAUCUGUGCCUGUCUGCCUGCGUUGCGGAGGCCGUUGCUGUUUGCUUUUUCGGCUAGGGGUGGUGGUUCGAUUAGUGGUACUACGAACCACAACAAUAAUAACAAACACAAUGACGGCGACGAUGAUAAUGGUGGGCAGAGAGGGAAGAGUCACUAUGGCAUUGAAGAAGUGCUGGAGAUGGAUGAGGAUGAAAGUACAACUGCCCCUGAAAACACAUGCAGAAGCAGAAACAGAAGCAAAAGUGGGCAUCGAUCUGUUUCCGUGUCUCCCGCGCCGUCUAUAUUGGGGCUGUCGAGGAGUUUCAGGUCGAGGAAACGGUCUGUUCAGGAUACAGGUGCACACGCUGAAUCUGAAAAGGAUGCUGCUACGACUACGACAGCAGAUUCUCCAGGCGACGGGAUCAGGAAAACCACAAAAGUCGUCGUCAGCUACGAUUACAAGGAGGAUGGUCAUGAUGACAAUAUGCGUGUUUACGGGUAUGUUGCUUCUGCGGCUGGCGCUGGUGCUGCUUUUGAAGCCAGUGGGGGAGUAUAUACGGCUUCUGCGGAGAGCGCAGGCUCGAAUUAG